GGCGCCACAGCAACAACAGCAGCAGCAGCAGCAGAGAGGGUGGUGAGCCGAGUUACUAUGACCACUACUACUACAACUACAACUACUAGUACUACUACGAGACGGGUCGAGGAGUCGACGGCCAGCAGCAGCAGCCGACGAGAACAACACAAACGACGACUCCAGUUGUUGUGCUGCUGCUGAUCGGUUACAGCGGCAGUUGUGCUGCUGUGAGUGCUGGAGCUGGCGGAGCUGCUGCUGCGGUUCGACACAGGCAGACAGCAACACACGGGAACAACAGACAACGAUAUCGCGAAUCGCAACAGCUCAGAAAAGGGCGAUCGCAAAAGGCUACCGGACAGCGGACCGCACAGACCCACCGUGAAGGCGAAAUAGGCCGUCUAAUUCGCGAGUCGGGGUUGGGUGCCACGACAGGAGUGACGAAAUUGGCUGCGGUGAGUUGGGAGUUUACAUUCGAUUUAGGAGUUUUCGGCGGCAUCGGCAGCAGCUGUGAACCUAACAGCAACAACGAUGACAGUAACCACAGCUGAAUAAAUUGACAAAACCCGUUCGUGCGACCACUACUUUGUUGAACCGUAGUGUUGAUUGCCGCCUGUAAAUCCCGGACCGACACGUCUCUGAUCUCUGCUUGCGUGUCUCCUUCACUGCACUCGGUGUUGAUGUUAAUGGAAAUAAUCGUGUCAUGACGAGCGGUAGCAGCAGCAGCAGCAGCAGCAGCACGAACAGCAGCGGUCGUCCGUAUGAGAGUUACAAAUCAUAAUCGCAGAAGAAGGAAAGAUAAUGAUUAGUGUGAUGUUAACGCAUUGUCAUAGCAUUUCGAGGUUUUCAAAUCGAGGUAGUGACCGGCGCCGUGUGAAAUGAAACGAAUUCGUCGUCUAUAAGUCGUUCUAUUUUGUGCGUGUAAUAAAAACGAGGGAAAAAAGCAACAAAACAGAGAACGGAUAAGGAAACGGAACUGGGAUCGUCUCAAAAAACGCUCAACAAGCCAAUGAACAUCACUCAAGUUGAUCUCAGCAGCUUUGAUCAAAUUAACACGAUUGGCCAGUCGAAGAAUACAUGCCGAACGUGUCCAACCCGCAGACAGUGCAGCGUUAAGACCUGGCUCUACAGAAAUCUGUCCAGGUAGUCGAACAGAUACAACUAGCUAGGCGACUACCGCAGCAAGCAACAGUAACGACGACGAUCAAGUACUAUCCGGGGUUGUUCCACGGUGCGGCGGAGCUGAAGCAGUACGACAACAGCGGCUUUAUCACAACAGGACGAUGCUGCCGAGAUAAAGCAGUAUAGGAGAACCAGCCCGACGUUGUAUUGUUACCAAUAGUACGACGACAAUAACGGGAGUUAGAAGAUCACCACCUGGUGGAGCAACACACAUUUGUUAUUAAUCGAACACCUUAUUUAUGUGAUGAUAUAGAUUAUCGUGCUGUGCUGGUUAUUCGGGGACCGCUUAGCGAGCAAAACAAUUAUCAUCGUCACCAUAAUCAGCAUCGUCAUCAUCAUCACCGUCGUGGUCGUCGUCAUCAUAAUCAUUGCCAUCGUCACCAUUAGAGGCGAAUAGGAGCAAAUAAAGACAUGACGCUUUACAGUGGACGGGCUAUAACACCAAUGGAUUUUACACUAUUACCAGCAGUGAUAACAGCGAGAACGACGAUAUUCUAGUUACACCUCGAUAUUCGACUAAAUUCUAUAUAGCAAGUAUAUUUAUAUACGGCAUCGUUUGCCUGUUGUCUUAGCCAGUGCAGUCUGUGACGGUGAAGUCGAGACCCGUCGACGAGAGGAACGAAGACGAACUAGUAGUAAUAACGUUGGGAAGAAGAAGACAUUCACACGGCGGUCUAUUUGCUAUUGCUUCGAUAUCUGCCUCUACAACGCGCUGAACUAGUGAGACAGACAAACCCGGGGUUCUGAAGGCUGUUAGCGGGGGACGCCGAUCGGGGCAGACAGCCAGCCAGGCGAGCACCGGCCAGUCAACCGACAGGCAAGCAGGCUGCAGCCCGCUUCUUUCGAAAUAUCCACCACCAACAAAAACCAUCAAGGAACCAGGCAAGCAACCGGCAUAUCUCGCUGUUCGCUUGCAGGGAGAGUUUCGUCGCUGUAGCGGGACAAUAUCACUUGCACUAACUAGCGUUUAGACAUUUGUUGGCACUCUGGUGGAUCGACAAGAAAUCUGCUCCGUCGAGCAAAAUGGAGGAAAUCGAUUGACCAACGAUGAGGUAAAUAGAUGAAGCUGGAAAAAAAUAUCACCAGCAGCAGCAGCAGAAACAACAAUUUGUUCGGUUCCCCCUACCGGCGAAACCCCUCAUCAAGGAUAUCUUAUUAGCGUAUACACCUCCUCCCCGAUGUCUCAUCUUCGCCGGCUAAAUAAACCGACUUCUUUGUUAGAUCGGAUACAGCUACACAACGUCAGCAGCUAGGGCAAAAAAGGCACAAAAAAAGGAACGAAGGAAGCAAGCGAAAAUCAGCUUUUAUACAUGCAAACGAGAACAGCAGCAUCAGCCAUAACUGUUCUACAUCAAAAAAUAAAAAAAAAAUAGUCGAAAAAGUGUCGCACCGAAAUCGGGCCGGCAAUUUUCUUCCACCGCGUAUCGUACAGCAAAGAUUACGAGGAACUUCAGUCCAUCUAGUGGUUGACUGCAGACCUGCUCAUGUUAUAGCAGUGCUCAUUCUUUCAACAAAAAUAGGGGAAUAAUCGUUUUCAGCUAAAGUGGGUCCCGAUGCUACGCUUAAGAAUAGUGAAAGCAAAUAAUCGCUUGUGAAAACAUAAAAAAAGAUUACUAGUUAGUUAGUUAGUUAGUUAGUUAGUGAUAGGGGGUGUGUGAUGGUGUUGAAAUUUUUACUUCGUGUCUUCGGUGUAUAUUGAAAUUGACGUGUGGAGUUUGUGCGAAUUCUCUACUCACUGGAUUCGAUUGAAUCAGAUGAAAUAAUCUCGCCACUUGUGAUUCUCCAUCAACGCAUCUGGGAUACUACGGCGGAGGCGUACAUCUAACGUGACCGUGUGUUAGUGCUGGUUGCCGGCGACUUUCGCCGGCUUAAUCAUUGCCGAAUUGGAUGUCCCCCCAGGAGCAGGUACCGCAGUGAUGUACGCAAAAAACAAAACAUCAACAGUCCCUUCGGACGCCCAAGCCAGGGAGAAGUUGGCGUUGUAUGUAUAUGAAUAUCUACUACACGUGGGGGCGCAGAAGGCGGCGCAGACUUUCCUCUCAGAGAUCCGAUGGGAAAAGAAUAUAACGUUAGGAGAACCACCGGGAUUCCUUCAUUCGUGGUGGUGUGUAUUCUGGGACCUAUAUUGCGCAGCUCCGGAGCGGAGAGACUCGUGUGAACAUUCUAGUGAAGCUAAGGCCUUUCACGACUACGGCUUUAUAAAUAGCGGUUACGCAGUCAAUGGAAUCGGCCAUAACUCGCCGCACAUGCGGCCGUCUCCGCCCGGGGCCCCACCCGUCGGACCCCCAACGCCCGGAGGUGGUUCUCCCCAGACCAUGAUCCCACCCCCAUCCAACCAGCCUUAUAUGAGCCCUCGCUUUCCUGGAGGACCCCGGCCACCCGGUGGGGUCAGAAUGCCCCAGCAGGACUUUAAUCCGGGCGGAGGCCCUGGUGGGAUGCCCGGCCAACCAAUGAUGCCCAACAAUAUGGAUCCGACACGACCAGGUGAAGGUGGUGAAUUCGUCGGAUGGCAAGGACCCCCGCAGAUGAAUCCAAUGAAUCCUAGAAUGAACCCUCCUCGAGGACAACCGAUGGCACCCCUUAACGCGUACGGCGGAAUGCGGCCGCCACCAAAUGGAAGCAUGGGUCCUGGCGGGCCAGGCGGACCAAUGCCAGGAGGUCCAGGUGGUCCUGGAGGUCCUGGUGGACCUGGAGGUCCUAUGGCAAUGCCCGGCGGGCCGGGUGGCAGACCAUGGGGUCAACCUGGUACACCAACUAGCAUGGGCUAUCAGUCGGCGUCCCCGGGUAGCCAUUAUGGAGGUCCCCCGGGGGGCGGACCUGGAGGACCUCCUGGUCCCGGAACUCCUAUUAUGCCUAGCCCGCAAGGUGGCCAGGGCGGUACAGGAAGUCCGUUCUCUCCCGCAAGCCAAGGCAAUCACCGAAUCUCAACUACCCCUAACCCUUCCGUAAAUCCCAACAAUCCGAACAACCCCUCAAACAGCAACAACCCAAACGGAGCCGCCAACAGCCGAAGAGACUCUUCGAACUCAGGCCAGGACGGGAUGUACACCAUGAUGAAGUCUGUUCCUGGGGGAGGCGGCGGCGGGGGUGGGGGUGGUCUACCCGGCUUCGGGAUGGGCGGUGGAGACGGAAGCGGAGCCGGCCUACCGGGUGGUCCGCUAGGCGGUGUCGGAGGUGCAAUGGGUGGCCCCGAUGGGGGAAUGGGACCCCCGCUCAACGGUGACGGUCUCGACGGAAUGAAGAGCUCCCCAGCGAACGGGCCGAGUACACCGCGCGAGGACGGCGCUCCUAUAGCUGACUACGGCAUGCCCUUCCCGGAAAACCAACAGACGGAGAGUGCGGCCAUCCUGAAGAUCAAGGAGAGCAUGCAGGAGGAGGCUAAACGUUUCGAAAAGGACACGCCCUCGGACGGUGGACCCACCGACUACUUCAUGCAAUAGAAAAAAACAAUUAAAACAACUACAAAUAUGACCACAACAACAACAACAAGAUAUAAAAACAACCAAACCGUCAACAAAGUAUCAGCAGUUAAUAGAAUCGAACUCUAGUAUUUUGUCACACAGUCACAAAAACAUCGACAAGAACAGGACUAACAAAUAUUAGAAACAAACAUCCGCGGUAUAAUAUUAUAGCAUGUGGCGAUAUUAUCAGGGCAUUCUUGAAAAUCACUACAGUUAGUGCUAUUGUUACCAACGAAACUAAAAUCGUCAUGAAACAAACAAGCCCUUGAAGAUUCAGACCAUCCAUAACAACUGACCUCCCUAAUUAAUAGCCAGUUUGAUCUUACCUUUGAGUGGCAGUAAAUCCUCUAUGCCCAGACAGUAAUAGUCUAAUGGCUCUUAUCUAAAAAUAUGUUCAAGCAGAAAAGAGACAAUAAAAAAUAGAAACAGAGAGCUUAUAUGGGUAGUGAGAAAAUCCAGGUCGGAUCAACGGACAGCUUUCUAUUUGCUGAACUAAAUAACGUCUAGCAAGUUUAUUGUUUAGAAAAACCCAAUAUCCUCGCAUUUCAAGGGAUGCUUUUGCAGUAUUAUUAUUUUUUGGCUGGACACAUGUAGACGAUUGCGAUUACAAUCAUAUAUGUGAGCGGUAUAUUUCGAUUUCUAUAUCUUUUUUUGUACAAAUAUCCAUAUAUGUUUGUUUAUGUUUGGGGACUGUAACGAAAGUGAUUUUAACUUUUGUAUCGUGAAUCUCAUGCGCCAUUCUGGAGUCGCGAGUCGCUCGAAGUGGAAGUUUGUUAAAUUUCAAAUUAAAUUGGGCGAUCAGCAGCACCCUGCCUCUUGUACUAAACUAUCAACAUGGUGCAUUGCUUUUAUAGAUUCUCUAAGUUCCUUUUUUGCUUCUCCAGGGAAGGCUGCAGGAGAUAGACUAAAUUUGAUGUAGCUAUUAUCUUGGCCUAUCGGUUAGCUUUAUGUUCAGUAUGUAUCGAACAAAUUUACCUGUUGUUUAACAACAUGCGUAUCAGAAAAGGUUUCCACAUAGGCAACGUAUUUAUUUUGAAAGGUUUUCUCUUUAGAUUUAAUUGGCUGGGAAAACAAGGAGACGUCUGUAAAAGCCUCAAAAGUUAUUUUAAUAUGCUAAUUACGCAAUGUAGCCGUAUUAAACGAACGGAAGAAUGUUAAACUUAUCCAAACCCUGUUAACCUACACGGCCUUCAAUCUGAAUACGCUCGCCGCGUUGGUUCUUGGGUUGAUGACGGCGCCAAAUAUCCAUAUGACGAGUUUCAAAUAAUGAAAAAAAAAAGAAUUACCGCCCAGUUUCGACGAGGAGACAGCCCACUGAGGAAGACCAUAACAAUAACAGCAACACAGUAAGACAGCAUUUGAAAUUAGAUGAACAUAACAAUAGCCAUGGUUACGGUCAAAACCAUUACAGCGACAACAUCGAUUUAUUAACAAUAUACCAUUAUUACAAAUAUCACAGCAUCAAUUACGUACUAACUGAUGCUAAAAAACGAAGUGACAACAAUAACAACAACAAACACUUUCUCACUUCUGUAAAUUGUCAUGCCCAAUGAUGUAAAUACAUGUAAUGUCGAAAUACUACUAUCAAUUGUGUUGGGUGUCAAUAAUGGCGUAAGGUAAGCGGAGAUCAGAACAGUAUGGUGAUUCAUUAAGUGUCCAUGAAAACGCUAGGAGAAAAGGAACGAAGCAAUCAUCUAAUAAUACAAGGGAUGAUAAAUGGAGAAACAAGUCAGCGAGAAGAAAAUCGUGAUGGCGUCUUGACCAACCGCAGCACGUAGAUAUCAUGAAGAACAUACGGAAGAGCGCUACAGGGUAGCGAGACAGAAGAAGCGGAACUGAACACAGACGUGUAUGUCAAGACACAGAUAGUGGACCCGCAAGCUUGGACAGAUACGCUGAGAAUAAUAGCGGGCAACUGUGACGCCUGAAUCGGACAGGAAAUCGCACGAGACGAAGCUACGAAUCGAACCACCACAAUGAUCAUGAAAUGAGAAGCAGAAAUGUAUUGAUAAUAAUUAUUAUUAAUUAUUAAGAAAAUAAAUUCUUCUGCCAUA